AUGCAGGAGAUGGACUACAAUAAUGAAGCAAGCAAUGGUAUAAAGUUCAGGAAUUUAUAUGGUUCCAUACCAGAUGUGGUGGUUCCUUUAAUGUAUAUGGAAUACACAACUCACAAGGUCCUAGUUAUGGAGUGGAUUGAGGGGGAAAAAUUGUCUGAAGUGAGGGAUCUCUACCUGAUUGAGGUAGGAGUUUACUGCUCAUUCAAUCAACUUCUUGAGUGUGGGUUCUAUCAUGCAGAUCCACACCCUGGGAAUCUUCUUCGGACAUAUGAUGGCAAAUUAGCUUAUUUGGAUUUUGGUAUGACUGGUGAGUUCAAACAAGAAUUACGUGAUGGAUUCAUGGAAGCUUGUCUACAUCUUGUAAACCGUGAUUUUGAUGCAUUGGCCAAGGACUUUGUCACUCUUGGGCUUCUUCCACCAACUGCAGACAAAGAAGCUGUUACUAAGGCUUUGACAGGGGUCUUCCAAGAUGCUGUUGCCAAAGGAGUUCGUAAUAUCAGCUUCGGAGAUCUUUUAGGAAACUUAGGAACCACCAUAGUGAACAUCAGAAAAGGAAUUAGUGUUUAUGGUAGGAACAUUUUGGCUGCUGGAAGGAACAUUGUGAGUGAGCAAGUUGGGAAACUCAUAAAGACCACCAGCUUGUCCAUGCAAGAGAGCUUUCUGUGUAUAAAUUCAAAUUUAGGAUACCUUCAUACUUCUCGCUUGUCAUUAGAAGGUAGUGCUUUGGGCAGCCUUGCUGUACUGGAAGGAAUCGCAAUCAGCUUCAACCCUGAGUACAAAGUUUUGGGUAGUACCUACCCUUGGAUUGCUCGAAAAGUACUUACUGAUAGCUCUCCUCAGCUUACAUCUUCUUUAGAGACUCUUCUUUAUAAGGAUGGAGUUUUUAGAAUAGACCGUCUAGAGUCUUUGCUGACAGAGUCUCUACGUGCCAAAACAAAAAAGGCCAUUGUAAAGCAAACUGAAGGCGCUGAUUCGAGAAUGGUUGUGAAGGAAAUUCUUUCUUUUACACUAACAGAGAAGGGUGAAUUUGUGAGGGAAAUAAUUGUUCAAGAAUUUGCUAAAGGUUUGGAUGCACUUGGGGUAGCAACCUUGGAGACAGCUGCUGCCAGAAUUCCCUUCAGUGCUUUCUUUUAUUCCCCUAUAUUGACUGAUGAAGAUAUAACCAACUUGAGAACCUUUCAACGCCUUAUGCUAUUGCUGUUGGGUGCCAGAAGAAAAGAAGAUUCCAAUGCAGGCCACUUGACAUUUUACCUUAAGUUAAACCUAGGAAGCAGGACUUCAGUAUGUGUUAAAGCCCAUUGGGCUUCGUAUGACAUCAUAUCAUACCAAAUCUAG